GGUUGACGUAUGUUGUAAUUUGGUAACACCUGAGAUAAGCUAUAGGCCUACUAUAUGCACUUGGGAGGUGCUAUAUGUCUACUAUCACGUGAGAGCAUGUGCAACACUACUCCCCUGUCAAAUAAAGUGGCCCAAUUGAGGUGGUCCAUGUUUGGACAAGUGCUACGAAUGCCAGAGAACACCUGCACAAAGAGCUCUAGAAUUUGCUGUAGUUGGAUCCAACAAGUAGUGUACCAAGCUCGCAAAGGGCGUCAUUGUACAAAGUUACUCAGUACACUGCGAGCAGACCUCAACUCAAGGAGGCAAAAGAUGGGAACUCUCACAACGAGCAAGAAACUAGGGGAGCUAAGGAUCCUCGCGAGUGUGACUAGAGAAAAUGGCCUCAAAUGAAGAAGGACUGAUUGCAGCUGUAGGAAGUUUCUACUACUCAGAAGCAGUAUCCAGUAAAUAAUAAAAAAAAUAAUAAUUUGGGACCACUGAAAAGUGGUCUUUAAUUGGAGGUGGUCUUUAAUUAGAUGGAGACUUGCAAAUAUAAUGUAUUCUACAGGGUUUAUAAAUCAAUGGCCAUACAUUAUUCAGCAGGUUAAUCCUGAACACACGCCCUCCACAGUAUACGCAAGUUACAAGCGCCCGCGUCUAUUCGAAAUACUAUGGCAACACGCAUUGUGAUCAUGGAGACGUACACUUCAACCUUCAACAAACCCAAUAAGCCUAGUAUUUUUUACACCGAAAGCUUACAAGAAGUUCUCGUUCAUCAUCAUCAUUUAUUGUAUUACCAUGGGCAUCCAAAAAAUAAUCAGAGAAUUUAUGGAAAAGCGAUCAAGUAAUAAAGGAACUAAGAAUGAUCGUCCAUAUUGUCCUUGGUGGAGGCGAUUUCCUAGCUUCAGAAAAUUUUUCAUGAGGAAAAGAAAAAAUAAGGUUUCUCCGGUAGGAGAUCACACUUCAUCCAUCAGAGACAUUGGCAAGUCGACUUCUGAGAACAUGACUCAAUCACGAGUAAGUGGUAAAGGCAUACGAAACAAGGGCUUGUUUAGGUCUAAGUCGGAAUCUUCCGUUAAUAGCCAUCGUGUGAAAGUAACACCGCCGAACACCUCACAUGACAGUGGCAUUGCAGACAUGCGAUCUGAAAAAGAUACCAUCCAACGUCUUCAAUCAUCACGAAAGAGCAUCGCCUGGUCUGUAUCUUUCCAUGGUGAGGAACCUGAAGGCUCAAGGAAUAAGAACAGCGCUGUGGAUGACAACGAAAACACAGGAAAAGACACACUGACGGAUCUGAAAGUGCUUUGGAAUCUGGUGAACGCCGACUCAUCAAUCCUCAGUGAUGACGAAUGGACGAGCUUUCAAAACGACGCCAUUGAUGAUAUUGACACAAACGAAAAUGAUCAGAAUUCUGUUCUGUUACGUAAUCUGAACACUCUCCAGUGCUACAAUGACGAGAUGGUUUACAUGCUGCAACGUGCUAAUGAAACAUGGUCCAAGAUCUGCCGAGGACCUUUCCCGCAUUUGAAGAACCACACCAAGGAAGAGGUAGUUAACAUGAUGUCACGUGGUUGUAUAGACAACUCCAGUAAGCUUAUCACCAAGCUUGACAACGCCAUGAAGGACGUAUAUGACGUCAUGAAUGGGAUUGACGACCACUUAGGUCAGCAGAUCGAUUUCAAGAACAGGAUUCGACACGAUCGCGAUUUAAAAGAAAAGCGUCCCGGUAGAAUUAACUUGGCCAGGUCCUACUUGAAACCAAACGGAUUUCCGACUUGCAAUUUUAGAGAGUGUUUGGACAUGGUUGUCGAAGAUAUAGCCGAUGACACAAUAGACAAGAACGAUUAAAUCACAUGACAGCGACUCGCGACCUUUUUUUUUGCAGAACGUGGGUAUAUUUCUUGAGAACGUCCACUACAUAUUUUCAUAGAACUUUCUUUAAGGCAGCACAAUGCUAACAUGACUGGAAGCAUUAUGUUUUGAUUUUUGAUCUUCAAAACGGAGUAUACUGGAAGCAUUUGAAUCAUUUUCUCUACCAAGCAAUUUCCAUUAUAAGGAAUACACUUGAUUAUAACAGAUAUGGAAAAACAUUUGAUAAGCUACUGUCAGAUUACAUGAUGUAGGAAUUGUUAUUAUGUAUUAGAUGCUUUUGAUCAAAAUUGAUAGUGGAACAACAUUGUCAAAAGCAAAUGGUAUGCCGAAAAGAUAAGGACAACUUCAAAAAUCAAAAAUUAUACUGGACCACAAAUUGCUUCUCGAAUAAUAGUAAUGGUAAAAAAAAACCCACCAGAAACAGACUAUUGCAGAGAAGCCCACAUCAUCUCACCGUUUUCCUGCAAUUUCAGACCACUGGCAAGCAGUAGUUUGCAGGAUCAUAACUCACAGAUGCUCAAUGGUGCUUCUCUACAAGGAAAAGUCACAUCUACCAGCAAUUGCCAAUUGCAAAGGAAAUUGAUAAAAGAAACUAAACUAAUUUAUAUGGAACAUCACUCCAACGAAUAUGAUAAGAAGAAAAUGGAUCGGUGAAUAUACACAUCCUAUAGGAUAACAUACUUAAUAAUUACAGAUUGGCGAAACUCAUUUUAUUAGUUAAUAUCUGAUUGAUGAAGAACUUUAGAAUCAAAUUGUAUAGUGGGACGUAAUAAUAAGAGAUGAUACUGCACAAGUAAUUCCAGCGAGUCGCUACUACAUCAAUCACUGACAAAAUGAGCAAAAACAGUUAAGACACUGCUUAUCCUCAACUAAAAUUACAGGAUAGAUACGAAUCGUCAAAUAACAAAAGACAUUGAAAACCAUAUUAGAAAUUAUACAGGACCAGUAAUUCCAAUGAAUUAAUACUUGAGUACAAAAAGCGAUUACUCGCCGAAAUGAUGUUGUAGGCCUAUUAACAUAACACCAUGACCAAUAAUUGAGAAGGAAGGGAUACCUCGUGGAAAAAGACUAACACUGUACCAAAAUGAUAUGGACCAUCACUCUAAUUUAAAUUAAAUGUUUUAUUUGUCCAUUAAAUGGAAAUGACAUGGUAGAAUGAAAAUUGAUCAUCGCUUCAAUUGAGUUUUAAUGUGAGUAGGCUCCAUACCAAUUGAGCAAACAUAUUUUAAGAUGAGCUUGUCAAUUUUCAUUUAACAAGGAAAACAUACUUGAUAAUUACAGAUUGCCAAGGAAAAGUGAUAACUCGUUGAAAUGGAUUACCGCUAGGAGGAGACACAUAAUUGACAAAAUGAGUUAAAACAUCAAUGCAAGACCACUUGUCUUACUUUCAAGAAUAAUUGUAUGGAGAAGAGGAACGAACCUUUACAUAUGCAAACAAUUUCAAUAACAUAAAAAAAAAAACCAAUAUGGAAAAUGAUACGAGACCAUUAAUUGGUCCAACGGAUUGCUACUGGAGUACAAGGAAACAUCUUACUGAAUUAACUCAAAAUCACUACAGUAAUUUGAUAUUGCAAAGGAUGUUGAUUCUCCAUGUCAAAUUAAAGUUGAUGUAACGAAUUGAUCUGGACCAUCACUUUUAACGAAAUGAUAAAAAUGAAAUUGGCUAUUCGCUUCCAAUAAUUGCAACACACACUCCUGACAAACAAAUGCGAAUAUUAAAAGGAGCACAAGGUCUGGAAACGUGAUAAAGUCACCCUGCUUGAGGUCUUGUUCUUGAAUCCGUACGUGGCGACGGAAGAAAAUUCCACGUAGAGUCACGGGAUUAUUAAUAACGUCAAUCAUCGGCUAUCUUUGUGGAUUAUUAGUAUGAAUAAAAAUACAAAUAUCUAUCACCUUUCUGUUAUGGAAUCAUCAAAAUCAAGGUGUUUGAAACUACAUUAAGGAAUCAAUCCCUAUUUAAAUAUUUCUGACUUAGAUAUAGGCCUGUCUAUCCAAAUGUGAUGAUGAACUUUUAAAGCAAAUAAUAGAUAACAUUAAUCAAGGUAAGAAGCAUCUAACUUCCCCAUAUCCUCCCCCUUCCCAGACAACCACCAGUCCAAAGAUACACAAGUGAUAUACCGAAUGGUUACCACCGAAACUUUAUUAGAAAGUCAGAUUUACAUAGCAUAUGAACCUGGUAAAAAUGGCAUUAAGUCUAAAAAUACAUUUUUCAACGCUAUCUGAGCACCAUGUCCAUAUAUAGGGCUAGGGACGGGGAACCCUGGCUGGGUAAGUCGUGUUGAUGGGAUAUCCACGGGGUGUAGCACACUUAAAGUAACUUUUAUGAGUUUACAGAAAACGGAGAACACAGCUCCAAGGCCUACAUAUCGAUGAUAAGUUUCCAUUCAAAUUUAGCCAAUAACAAAAAAAAAAAAACAAAAAAAAAACACAUCUCUGUCCAGAUUUAUAAAAGCUUCCGAAUUUUGUUGGGAAAUCCCUGCUUGUAGACAGCACAUAAUAGUGGGGUAAACAGGCCAACUAUUAUAGACCCCCUUUCAAUGUUUACAUUGGCCUGGCUGAAACGUUGGUGGCGGACACCAGUAUGGUACAAAUUUACGGAAAAUCAGUAUACUGGUUAUCUUUAUUUUUGUUGUGCUAAAAAGACGAAAGGUACAUGAAUGCAAUUCACAUAUGGAAUAUUUAUGUAUAUUAGGAAUCGAUGACAACAACCGAAAAGAUAAGACAAAAAAUAAUUAAAAAAAAUAAAUAAAAAUAUAAAAAAUAUAAUUUCUUAUAUUUAUAGGCCUAUGUUAUUUUUGUCGAUGCCUAAUAAUAUAUAACUAUGCCGUUAUGUGUAUUUUACGGGGUUUCUAUCGAGAUCUUCUUUUGGAAAGCACCACUAUGCUAAAGUAUCAUUUUCUCAAUGGUCACAUAUUAACUGCUCAUAAGGGGAAUAACGGUGAAAACAUUUGCCUCUCGGUGAUAUGGAGACCGUAGCCUACGGCUUUCCGAUUGCCGCUCGAAGUUAUUACGCGCUUUUUAACCAAUAACCGCCACCACAAACUUAAAAAACAGAUACCAACUUUCACAGAGUUAUCAGAAGACGCGCGUGAGGCUAGACGUUAACGUUGGAUUCCCUAAAUUUCAUAGGAAAAGCGGUACACUUUUUGCAGUAUAACUUGGAGUAGGCCUAUACUCAUGGAUAAAAGUAAAACAUAAUGGUUUAAGCUUAAAUCAUGCCAACCACAGUCUCAGGAUAAGUUAGAUUAUCGUUUGCUAAAAAAAAAAAAAAAAUCAAUCACAAAAUAUUGUUUUAAAAAAUGAAUAAACACAGAGGGCCGCUUGUUCGAGACGGGCGCUUCUCCAAACCGGCGCUUAUUCGCGCGAGUACGGUAUUUUAGUGGAAAAUAGCCUCAAUAGUAUAAUUAUUUAAGAAUCUAUAAUCUAUUAUAAUACUGCAGCUUCAGGUCCUUGUUGGUCGUCGGCGGCCGGCUUCCUUCAUGCACCCUAAAAAAGGAACAUUUACAGUAUAUUUAUUUAUUAAAAAUAAUGUUGCAUACUAGAACUAUCAGGAAUAAACAUACAGAUAAAGGCAUGGUUUUUUCUUGUCAUUUGACUAGGUAAUUUAGUGAAGAAAUGAAUGCAAGUCCUAUAGGCAAAUGUAUAAGGGAUUCAUUAGUCUGAUUUUCUGCAAAAGCUUACUGUGUAUAUAUAGUAAUUGACUUACUUGAUUUGGAUAAAAUCUAAGCCCACAUAGACAUUGAAUUUCAAUUGAAGAAAAAAUGCACCCUACUUUGUUAAUCAUAAUCAUUAUAAGUCCUACAUUAAAGGGAAAAAAAACCCAAUGUAAACUAUCAUUAACCGUUCACCCCUGAGUUCACAGACUUGUGGUUCCUGAUUUAUGUCAAGGGAGUAGGUUGAGUCUAAAACACACAGGUGAAAUUUAGCCUUUUUACCUAUUUAAAACCUAAUCAAUUAACUAGUGGUCUGUGAAAAUGUGGUCAUGUUGAAACCUGACCAGCCGUACCGGUGGCUACGCCCCUCGAUCUUCAUAAUGGAGUGCUAAGGAUUUUAACCAUUUUUCUA